AUGGCAGCCGUUGUGUCGCAGCCCAGUCCUGAGGCUGAGACAGUUGGUUCUGCUAUGCAGAAUGCCCGGGAACCCACGCAAGUCCAAACCACAAUCUACGAGGGCUAUGAAGGGGACGCCCGCCAAGAAGUGGAAGCUACAAUACCGGUUUUGGAUGUGCACGAGCUCCUUGAUUACCUUCAAUCGGAAUUGCACCUGGUAUGCCCAGCGGAGAGCACUCAGCAAUUUUGGGAGCACUUGCGAGAUCGUGGCAAUCCCUUUGCGUUGGGUUUUCCGGGCUCCGACAAGCACGUGCCGUUCACAAUCUAUGGCGAUGAGCUCACAUUGGGCAAGGAUGCCAAGGAUAAAGUGACGGGCGUGUUCUUGCAGCUGACCUUGUUUAAGCCUCGGUCAGCACGCCAGGGCUUGUGGCUACUGUGUGCAAUUCAAGAUGCCGUCAUGGUGCACAGCAACAUGAAGACCCUUAAGCCCGUGCUGGAGCACAUCAUAUGGUCUUGCAAUGUUGCCUUCGACGGGCGAUACCCGCGCCUUUCCUCGAAUGGUACCCUUCUCCGAGGUGCCAAAGCCCAGAAAGCAGGUCAGGAGUUUGCUGGCGGCGCCCGAUGGGCUUGCAGCGAAUUUCGAGGUGAUUGGAAGUGGCACGAGCGCACGCUGAGACUGUUGCGAACUCCCGUUUCCAAGAAGUGCUGCUUUCUCUGCGAUGCAGAGGCCACUGACCAGGCACUUCGUUAUUACGACGUUGCAGAUGGAGCAGCUUGGCGAGCCUCUCAGCUGGACACCAAUGGUUUUCUUGCGAAGGCCAUUCGGCCUGGUGUGCAGAGUAUCCUCGCGAUGAUUUCGAUUAUAGUUUUGUUUUGA